AUACAACAUAUAUAUACUAUACAUAUACAUAUACAUUGUAAUGCCUCGCUCUGGGGAAUGAGAAGUAGAAGUAUAAGCAGCAGCAGCGACCCCACCACAAUUUUUAUGGCAGUAAAAUUAAUACGCGAGGUUUCCGCUCCAGUCUGUGUGUUACAAGUACGUGGUCUCUGGUCUAUAAGCCAGCCAUCGGAUCAGAAACGUUAGACUUGGCUUCGUAUCUAUACUGUAGUUACUGAUAAUAAUAACAACAAUAAUAAUAUUAUUAAAUACAGAAGUGAUAAUAAUAGUGGAUAAAUAUUCAGUACUGGGUGCUGAGUUACGUUUUUUUAAAUAAAAUAUUAUAAAAUAAAUUACAGUAUUGUGUGAAAGGUGAUUCAUAAUGCCGUUAAGCAUCAAGGUUAACCUCCGGGUUACCGGACACUGUAACCAGGGCGGCCGUAAAUACAUGGAGGACAUGUUCAGUGUCGCUUACCAACAAACUUCCGAUGAUAAGGACCUGGAAUACGCGUUUUUUGGUAUUUUUGACGGUCAUGGAGGAGGCGAGGCUGCUAAAUUUGCUAAGGAUCAUCUUAUGGACAUUAUUGUCAAGCAAAAAAACUUUUGGAGUGACAAGGAUGAGGAUGUGCUACGAGCGAUUAGAGACGGAUAUGUUAACACACACUACGCUAUGUGGCGAGAACUGGACAAAUGGCCGAGAACUGCCUCAGGACUGCCGUCAACAGCUGGUACGACUGCUAGUAUAGCUUUUAUACGCAAAGGAAAAAUUUAUGUGGGACAUGUUGGAGACUCGGGAAUAAUUCUCGGUUAUCAGGAUGAAGAUGAUCCUCAGUGGAAAGCGAAACCACUGACUAGAGACCAUAAACCGGAGAGUGGACCGGAGAUGAUAAGGAUCCAAGAGUCCGGAGGAAAAGUUAUCAGCAAAUCUGGUGUGCCGAGAGUCGUUUGGAACAGGCCUAGGAUCGGGCACAAAGGACCUGUACGAAGAUCUACUCAUAUAGAUGAGAUUCCAUUUUUAGCUGUGGCGAGAUCUUUGGGUGACUUAUGGAGUUAUAACUCAGAACUAGACACUUUUGUUGUCUCGCCUGAGCCAGAUGUUAAAGUUAUUAAAGUUGAUGUCAAGUCAUAUCGGUGUCUUAUCUUUGGUACUGAUGGUCUCUGGAAUAUGCUGACACCUCAAGCUGCUGUGGCAAUCGUUCAAGCUGCUGAACGACACAAUGAAAAACAUUUUAUUGCUUCGCAGCAGACAGGAAAUCUCUUACCGGGAGAAUCACAAAUGUGGAUAAACCCUUCCAAGAGUUUAGUAGAUCGUGCUCUAGAACGUUGGUCAUCAACGCGCUUACGAGCUGAUAACACAAGUGUCGUGACAUUGAUGAUAGAUCCACCAGGACCAUCACGCUGUGAAGUUUUAAUGAAUCGUCGUCAAAAAGAUGCCGUACCUUCAGUUCCAAAGACCAUACCUACACCUCUAACACCACAUCCGUGUAAUUCAAAUCCCCAUGAGCCCAACAUCGACAGGACCCAACCACCAAUGGCCAAUGUCGUCGUGCCUCCAACUCCAGUAGCAGCAGCAUCAAAUUUAAUCAACAAUACGGUCAGCGAGGAUUCAAAUCAAACCAUCAGUCCUUCGUCGUCUUCAUCCGGACUAAAUGAAAGUUUACCUGGUGACUAUAGUUUCCAAGAAAAUUGUGUUAAUUAUGAACCGUUUGUUGAUAAUAAUAAACAUGAAAAAGUUGAAAAUAGUAAUGAUACUUUAAGUGAAUCUAGUGUUAAAGAAAGUACAAGUAUGGAGAAUAUUCAAGUUGCUGAAAUAUCCUCCAGUGAUAUAAGUAAUGAUGAUGCUGGUCAACUUUUAUCUGACGAUACUGUUGAUGAUAAAUCUUCCGCCGAAGAAAAUAACGAAUCUACAAUAAAAAGUGAUACAAAUAUCAAUGACAGUGUUGGUCAAUCAUCUGUAAACGAUUCCUUAAUUGAGACCACUGUUGCAGAAGAGGAACCACUUGAUAAAGAUUUUACAGAAGACACUGGAGAUGCCCAUCAAUUGAAAAGAGAAAACGCAUUCUUUGGAUCUUGGGAAUCAUUCAAUAGCAGCGGAUCUAGACUAAAUAAUUCAGCGAAUUCCAGUCUGGCUGAUUUGAUUUCCUGUCAAACGUCUGUCGAAAAAAAUAAUCCAACAGAAAUUGAUUGUGAAAAGGAUAAAUUUGAAAGCCUGUCAGCGGAUUCAAAUCUUGAUAAACCGUCUGAUUUUUCCAAUGAAAGUAUUACAGAUGAAACUAAAAAUUUAGAAAGACGUGAAAAUGAUUCUGUACAAACGUCACCUCAAUUGAUGCCAGCUACGUCGACAUCUGUCACAGAUGAUCAAAAAAUGCCAGCCCCGUCUCCAGUAGAUACUGCCAGACUAAAACGACGUCGCGAAACUCCACUCAGACCAGGCUCAACCCGACGUACAAAAGAAAUCGUUAACAAUAAACGUAGACACAGUUCUACGUUAGAAGAUGCUGAAGAUCCUGGUAUCUGUGCUGUACCAGAACCGCCUAAUUUUAAACGUCGCACGCGAUCAGAAGAUAGACGAUGUGAUGCAAAUGCUCCAACUGAUGAGAAUAAUCCAAUAAAUCAAGAGCAGUCAAAACAACAGUCAUUACGACAUGAUCGAGUACGUCGUUGGCCUGGUAAUUCACGUUGCUCUGUAGUAUCUAAAUUAAGAAACGUUAAUUCUCCAACAACAUCCUACUCAGCAGCAACGAAUACCAGUACACCAAAUGCUCGUGAAAAAUUGACAGUAUCACCGACGUCAUUUCAACGACGUAGUCUUGAAAAGAAAGCAACUCCAGUUAAAACAAUAAGAAGACCAUCAAUAAAUGGCUCGAGUCGGGUUCAAUUGAGAGGAAGUUUCGCAUUAAGAGAUUGGGAUCAAAGUAAAUCAAGUCACCACCGUCGUCGUCGUCGUGGUGCUCGUGCUGGAAGUUGUUCAUCUGAUAGGUCAAGAUUAAAUCAUGUUAUUACUGGUGGCGCUGCUUUGUCAAGUGAUCCAACGUCGUCUUCCACCAGCACACCUCAGCGUUGGCUCAGGUCUGAUACGAUAGCUGCGAUUCCUAUUAAAACUUUGAGGUCUCGGAAUGUUGACAUUGCAUCGGGACACACAGUUCCUCCUCAACUGGCUCACCAGUACAAUAUUAUCAAGCAAAAUCGGCUCUCAUUGCCGCCUUCCAACACCACGAAACUCCGGAUGUCCAGUACGCCGUCUAAAGUUAAAUCGACGACGACGACGACAAUCGCUACGGGAUUAACGACACCGGGAAAAUUAAAACAAGCUGGUGGUAAUAUUGGAGGAGCCAAUGGGCAAUCAGCUUCUGUUUCACCAAAUUCUGUAACCGGAAUUGCUAAGAGAGUCAAGUCAACUCCUUACAAUCCGAGCGCUAGAUCACUAGGUACCCGGUCACGUCUAAAGCGUCUCAGUAAAUAAAUAGUUAUGUAGAUAUAAAUAUAUAUAUGCUUAUAUAUAUUUUUUUUCUUUUUUAAUUAAUAGAUGCUAAUUAAAUUAAAUUUGUUUUUUUUUUCGUUAUUAUUAAAUCUAAAGAUAAAUAUAAAUAUAUAUUUUUUUCUUAUUAUAUUUUCUUUCUUUCUUUUUUUUUUUUUUUUUUUUUUUAAUUAUAUUUUAGAACUUUUAAUUAAUAUCGGUUCUAAUUUGAUGCAGGUCACUGGCGCUAAUCAUUAAAAUUAAUUUCUUAUUUUUAUUAUAAAUUGACAUCAUCGUUUCAUAUAUUCUUCGCGACAUAUUUAUCUCCAUUAAUCAUUUUUAAAAUGUGUAGUAUAUCUACAUUAGACAUUCAAAAAAUCGGCUAUUCUUUUUUUUUAAAAGGUAUACGGAAAAUAUUUUUCGAGAUGACGUAAAAAAAAGUGUCAAAAUUUGAACUCUUAAUAUUAAAAUUAACAGCCACGUGAUCGCAAUUUUAAAUUUUCUAUUUAAAAAACGCGGGAAAAAUUUUAUUUAAAAUGGAAUUUUACUACUCAUCAGCGAAUCAGUGUAUCGGAAAAGUCAAUUGAUAUUUGUGUUGGAAAUUGAACGCACUACAAAAAAAAUCUCUCAAUUUUGAUAAAUUUAAUUUUUCAAAAAUUAAAGUCAAAGUCAAAUUCAUAGUAAAUUUCUGCAUUAUUUGACUUUUCUGACGAAACUAUCACACAUAACGUAAAAUGCUACAGGACCUUUUUUGUAGGUCAUUUAAUUUCCUACAACUUAUUCUUAACAAAGUUUUCGAAAUUCUUGAAAGUUUUUUAGUUAUUUGCAUUUAAAUGUCAAUUUGUUCCGAGAAAUCGUAUUUUGGCCGAAUUUCGUUACUUUUAAAUGCAAAUAUCUAAAGAACUUUCAAAAAUUUCGGAAACUUGAUGAGAGAUAAUUUGUAGGAAAUGAAAUGAUCUACAAAAAAUGUUCUAUAACAUUUUACGAUAAGUCUGAUAGUUUCGUCAGAAAAGUAAAAUAAUACUAAAAUUUAAUAGGAAUUCAAUUUUGAUUUUGAGUAACUUUUGAAAAAUUAAAUUUAUCGAAAAACAAUGAGAUCUUUUUUGUAGUGCGUUCAAUUUUCUACCAAAAUGUCUAUUGAUUUUCCCGAUACAUUUAUUCGCUCAGUGAUAAAAUUCCACUUUAAAACAAAAUUUCCCCGCGUUAUUUAAAUAGAAAAUCAAAAAUUGCGCGGUGGUUUUUACAAUUACUAUUAAAAGCUCCAAUUUUAGAGAUUUUUUUUCUCGUCAUCGAAAAAUGUUUUCCGUAUAAUUAAAAAAAAAAAGUAGUCGAUUUUUUUGAAUCAGUCUAAUCUACAUAUAUACAAAAUAUUUAUGUAUAUAUAUAUUUUUUCUCUCUUUUUUAAUUACGAUCUUCCCGAAAAAAGUUUUAACGUUUAAAUAAAUAAUUAGUGCGAUAAUUUUAGUCGAAUGAAAAUUAAAAAUAUAAAUAUCGGGAAUUAAAAUAAAUAAUGUUUAAGUCUUUAUAAUUAUUUUUAAAUAAAUAAUUUAUUUAUUAUUUUUUACUGUGUAUUUUGAUUUAAAAGAAAAAAAAUCAAUCAAUUUUUAUAUAAUUAUUUUAGUCUUCCGUUUAAAAUAUCGAACAGCAAAUUGAUUUAAAUCAAAUUAAUAGACAGUAAAAUUAUUUAAUGGAUAUUUUAAUUUAACGAGCGAGUUUAUUUAUUUCAUAAUUGAAACACAUGAAAUUAAUAAAAGAAAAAAUGAUUUUAAAAAUAUAUUGUUAAUUGUAUAUAAAUAUAUUUGACGUGCCUAUUAAAUUACCAGCUGAAUGUGCGGAUAAAAAAAAACAAUUAACAGCACUAGCUUUUAUGGACUAUAAUUAUUUAAUGGAUUUAAAAUCAUAAUAAAAAAAUAUCAGUCUCGCAAAUUUUUGUUUUGACGACUAAAUUAAAAUUUAAAUCCAUGAUACAGAAGUUAGUCAUGAUUCUGAAAUUGUCAGACAAUUUGCAAUUUUUGGAUUUUAUUUUUUCAACGUCAAUUGCAAAAAAAAAAAAAACCUAAAAAAUUGCACACGCAGAAAAUUUGAAACACUACAGGUGCAAUUUUUUGAAAUAUUUUUUUUUUUUAAUUUAUCAUUUUAAAAAGAAUCCAAAAAUUAAUAGUCGGCUAAUUUAUAAUACUGAAGUUAACCGACGUCUGAUAAUUUUUUGAUUUUUGUAAAAAUGAUAAAUUAAAAAAAAAAAUAUUUCAAAAAAUUGCACCUGUAGUUUUUCAAGUUUUCUACAUGUGCAUUUUUUUAGUUUUUUUUUUUAAAUUUAAAAAAAAAUUCAAAAAUUAUUAAUUGGAUGCUAAUUUGAGGAUCAUUUAAAUUUACGUGAGAAUUAUAAAUAUCAUAUAAAUUAAAAUAAAUAUGUACGCAUUACAUACUUAUUGCGUUUACCUAAAAUAAAAAAUGAAAAUAUAUAUUUAAUUAUACCCAUAUAUGUGUAAAAAAAAGUAUAAGAAAAGUCUUUAUUUUAUGGCGUUUAAUCGCUAGAAAUAAAAUAAUAAAAAGUUUAUUUUUUUCACAAUAAAAUAAUAAUAAUAAAAUUAUUUGCUGUUAAUUCGGAGAUGUGUGUAAAGAAAUAUUUAAAAUUAUAAAUUAAAAUAAAUUUGUGUGAUUACAGUCUCCAAUUCUGUAUAUUUUAAUUAAAAAUAAAAUAAAUAGUACGAAAAGUUAAAAUAAUUACUGUUAUUUAUUAUUGUUUAUUAAUUUAUUUUUUUAAAAUUCUUUAACAAAUAAACAAUAAAUGCGCGCUUUAUUUUCACGUGACAUUCGAGUUUGACACUUUAAUUUAUGUUUAAGUUUACACUGUAUUUACAUUUCACGUUCAUACCCAUCAGUUACUCGUAAACGUACUCAAGUAUUUACAGAUAAAUAUGAAAGUCAAGAAACGGUCUCUUUACAUCAAUAAACAUAUCAUUGUUGCCCGCUCUCUACAAUAUAUUUAUAUAUAUAACAAUAAUAAUAAUAAUAUUAACAUAAAUAAUGUCAAGACAAGUCUUAUCUCAGCUUCAACACUAAACCUUUUAAUUAUUCACGCCAACCAUUCGCAAGUGAUAAUUACUUUUAAUUAUUAUUUAUUAUGUAAUAAAUUACUAGAAAAUAUAACGUUGGCAUAUGGUCACCUUUAUCUUGCAUUUUUAAAUUACUACUAAACUCAUAAUACUUAAGAACCAUUUACUCAUUUUUUCAUUCAUAAUCGUUAUCAUGUGUUGUAUGAUACACUAGCAAAUGUUAUGUUUAAACGUACGUACAUUCUUAUGACAUGAUAAAGGCAAUAAGGCACAGAAUAUGUUAUGCGGAUUUAAAAAAUUUGCAUAACAUUUACAUCAAUAUGUUAUUAGACAAUAAAGGCGCAUUUGCAGAUUGUGUUUACAUUAUUUACACUUAUAAUUUUUAAAUUAAUACUUUUUUUUGUAGGAGUGUUCGAAUCGGAUCGAAUAAUUUGAAAA